CGCUCCUUCCCCGCACGCUCCUUCCUCCCCGGGCGGGCGGCGGCCCCCGGAGCCCCCGGCUCGGCAUGGCAGCCGCCCCGGCGCGCUAGGCUCCGCUCCGCGCCGCAGCGCGGGGGUCCCCGGCCCCGCCACACCCACCGACCCCCGCGUCCGCGUCCCGCAGGUGUCCGCGCCGGGGCCGGCCAUGCCCAGAGCCCGCCGCUGCCUCCGCCUCCUGGCCCUGCUGUGGAUCGUGGGGGCCCCGGGCCAGCCCGCGCCAGAUGACUGCAGCGCCCACUGUGACCUGGCCCACGGCUGCUGCGGGCCCGACGGCCAAUGCAAGUGUGACCCUGGCUGGGAGGGGCAGCAUUGCGAACGCUGUGUCCGGAUGCCCGGCUGCCUGCACGGCACCUGUCACCAACCUUGGCAGUGCAUCUGUCACAGCGGGUGGGCUGGCAAAUUCUGUGACAAAGACGAGCACAUCUGCACAGAGCGGCCCCCGUGCCAAAACGGAGCCCAGUGUGUGUACGAGGGGGACGGAGGGUACCGUUGUCUCUGCCCGCCCGGCUUCCACGGCCACGACUGCGAGCUCAAGGAGGGGCCCUGUGAACGUGCCAGAGCCCCCUGUCAGAACGGAGGCCAGUGCCAGGACGACCGUGGCUACGCCCAGAACUUCACCUGCCGUUGCCUGGCGGGCUUCGUGGGCCCCCGCUGUGAGGUGGACGUAGACGACUGCCUGAUGCGUCCGUGCGCCAACGGCGCCACCUGCCGGGAUGGCAUCAACCGCUUCUCCUGCCUCUGCCCCGCGGGCUUCGCCGGCCGCUUCUGCACCGUCAAUCUGGACGACUGCGCCAGCCGCCCCUGCCAGAACGGGGCCCGCUGCCGGGAUCGCGUCCGGGACUUCGACUGCGUCUGCCCCGAUGGCUUCGGGGGCAAAACGUGCCAGUUUCCUGUGCGGGCCGUGGUGCCCCUGGCCCCGUCCCACCCCCCUACAGACCCUCCCCCUCCGCCUCCUCUCCUCCCCGCUCCCCCUCCCCGGCCGCCCGCCCAGGCCGCUGCCCCGGCCACGGCCUCGCCCCCCCAGAGCGCGGGAGCGGGGCUGCUGCGCAUCUCGGUGAAGGAGGUGGUGCGGCGGCGGGAAGGGCCGGGCCUGAGGGAACCCCGCCUGGUGGCCGUGCUGGUCUUCGGGGCGCUCACGGCCGCGCUGGUGCUGGCUACUGCGCUGCUGACCCGGCGGGCCUGGCGCCGGGGCCCCCGCGGCCCCCGCCCCCCGGCCUCCUGCUGCUGCCCGCCCCGCCCUCCGCCGCCCCCCGGCCCCGAGCGCCACGACCGGGAGUGCCAGGUCAGCAUGCUGCCCUCCGAGCCCCCCCGGUCCCCUCCCGGGCCCGCCGAGCCUGGCAAGACCACGGCACUGUGACUGGCAGGAGGGAGGAGGACGACGACGCCCGGGGCUCCGCCCUGACCCGUGCCAGAGACUGACGGGGCCCUGAGCCGGGGUCCCGCCCGCUGAGGCGGACGUGGCCUCACCAGAAAUAUUAUUUUUUUAUUACGUGGAUCGUGUGACAGGAGUUCCCUCCAAUAAAGUCAGAAAAUGGCCGAAGCCGGCUGUAGCGUCUGGA